AUGAGCGGAUGUGGAGGUGGAUACCAAGUACUAACAUUAGACUUCUCCAGAAAGCCAGAGGAGAAUGAUUUAUGGGAUUGUAUAUAUAAUACUAAUUUACCUGGCAUAAGGGCUGAAAAGGAUAAAAACAAGCCGGUAAAUGGUUUUACGAGAUACACCUAUAAACACAAUGGUGGAAGUGCAUUUACCCUAAAUACAAAUUUAGGCGGUGGACAUAAUUUAAGAGGACGUGGAGGGAAUAUCCUGGAGGUAACGGUUUACUACUGGAACGGGAAUAAUAAUACACCAAUACUACUUGGAAUUAAAAAGAAUAGUAAUGACUUUAAGUACUAUUCCUGUAGAUUUAAUAAAACAAACCAGAGUAAUUGGUCAUAUGCCGGUAACGAAAAUAAAGACCUACUUCACCUUAUAGACGAGAAAAACUGUAGCUUCAACGGUGCCGUACCAUUUGAGAUCACUGAUCCUACUAAUCCAUCUCUGUUUUUCUCCGGUGACAUACCUUACUGUAUACAGACUAGAAAGAUAGAAUCUAUAAAAUCAGCUCCACAACUUACUAUCCCUGAAUAUACUGUUAAGGAAUACGAUGUACAUAGUUCUGGAAUUGGAACUCAAAUUUCUAGAGUAACCUAUAGUGGAGCAGAUACUAGUGGUAUAAAUCUCCCAAACGAUUAUGCGGUUUAUAGGGUUAGGGUGUACUCACAUCAAACGACUGAUAUUCCUCUUAUGCUCCAGUUUAUACCAAAGAAUGGAGGAGAGUCAAAGUGGUUUGAGAGUACAAAAAAAGAUGGCACUAAAUGGGCACAAGCUGGUGACUAUGGAUUCUAUAAUAGUGAUGGUCAGCCUACUGAAGCACUUUCCGAAAAACUAGAUGAGGUAGCAUGUUCCAUUGGUAUCGGUGUUACCAUGGAUCUAACUCAUGGUAAAUAUCAGAGUGGACAUUCGUACUGUUGUGGUAAGGAACAUGAUACUGAUAAGAAAGUCUCUGUUACUAGUGAUAAAGUUGCAUCUAAAAUUCCCUACGUCAAGCAUCAUAUUGGCGGUGAAUCUAAACUCGCUGGAAUUAAGUAUAAUGAUGGAAAAACUAGAAAGAACAUAACAUCUGAUAAUGGUAUAAAGUUUCCCAUCUCUGGUCCAGUUAGUGUAUAUGUCUUCUAUUGUACAGGGAAGGAUCCAAAGCUUAUCUGUAUCAAUUAUGAAAGCAAUCAGACAGUUAACUGGUACAAGCAAAGAAAUUCUGAUAAUGUAGAAUGGGAUAAUGUACCUGACAUAUCCGAAGAUCCAGAGAACAUCAAAAACUGUAAGGAUGACAGGAACUUUGAACAUCUUGUGAACGCUCUACAAGGAUUUACUGGAUGUGAAUACUCAAGAUGUAAAGAGCCUCUUAAACCCUCAUCUCCAGUACUAAGUGUUGUUGGUAAAGAAGAAGUCCCUGCAGCUGAUCUUUCUGACCAGGUUCCUGAUACAGAGUCUGAGACAAAGAUUCUCCUACAAGGUACUCCAGUGGCUGAAAUGGUUGAAGAUAGAAAUAGUGAUGGUGAAAGAGUAGAACCGAAAGUAUCAGUAGUAGGCUGGCCAGUACCAAGAGAUUCAGGAGCAAGUUCUCCAGAUUCAGCAGGAUUAGCAGGAGAGGAAGUAGUAGUAACUUGGGUAGAUGGUUCACCUCCAUUAGAGUUUCCUCUACCUCAUCCUAUUCCUGCACCUCUUGAUACUGCUGUACCUACAGUAUCUCUUGAACCAUCACCUCAUCUACCUCUUCUUACUGUUUCUACGGGAUAUUCUAUUUCCGGACAUCCUCCACCUCUUAUAACUGAAUUUCUUUCAUCACCUCUAGAUCUUACUGCUGUUCAAGGUUCUUCUAUUGCUGUACCUAAAGAAUAUCUUCCACCUCUAGCUAUUCAAGUUGAAGGAUCUCCUAUUGCUUCUGUACCUACCAUAUAUCUUCCGUCACCUAUAUCUCCUCAUACUGCUCUUUCUAGUCUACCUGGAGUGGAAGGUAAAGGAUCUGCUAGCCUUAUAGGAGAAUCUGCUGCUCAACUUGAAGUUUCUACCGAAGAAUCUCAUCCUGAAACUGGAGUUAAAGGUAGUCAAGCUCCUGAUCUAGGAUCUCCUGCUCCUACUGGAGCUAAAGCUCUAGCUGCCAAACUUGAAACCAAGGCUAUUCAAGACUCGGACUAUAUUCCUGGAACUCCCGGUGAUUGUGGAUCUCUACCAUCUACUCUUCCUACUGCUACUGGCAAGGGUGGUGAUAUAGGAGAAUACAGAUAUGCAAGGAAUGGAUACCUUCCAUUUACUUCUGGUCCCUCAGAUUCUUAUAGUUUUGGGGGUUGGAGUUUUCAAGAAACUACUGCUAAAACAGGACAACCGCAAAGACUCUCUGGAAAUUCUGGUGGUACAAUGAUCGCUGAAAACUCUUCUAAGAGAAACUUUAAUCUGAACAUUCCUUCCAUUAUUACCUCAUCCAUCCUUGGUGCUUCAGGUUCUCUUACUGGAUUUGGUUGGUGGGCAUUUAAACGUUCUAGAGGAGAUCCUUGGGUGAGACAGAUUUAG